GCCACUGGAGAAGUCUUGUUCGCGUUGUAAACCCGGCUGCAGCGCACGUGUUUGAACCUAUGCACUAUACUAUACAUUCAUACUGCGUCAUUAAAUUCAGCAAUUCGCCAUCAUGUCUUUCUGGAGUUUGAUCUUGGAGCCUGGAAAGAAGUAUGAGAAAGAAGUUGAAAAUGGCAUCCAAGUGACUCGAGCUGCUCUAGACACUAGCCGUGCUUCUGAUAAUGAUGGCAUAGUUCAAAUCAUCCUAGAGUUUGAGGGCAAGGAAAUGACUGUUGCCAAUCUGAGUGUAAAACAUGGCAUUUUCCAGUCCACUUUAGAUCUUGCGUUUAAAGAGGGCGAUAAGGUGGCAUUUUCAACCUCUGGUGCCAAAGUGCCCGUGAGUCUGACUGGUUAUGCUGGUCUUGAAGACGAUGAUGAUUUGGAUGAUGAGGAGCUGGAGGACCUGGAUGAGGACUACUUGGAGAGCACCAUGGAUGGCAGUGAUGAGGACGAUGAAGAUGCGCCUGAACUGGUCUCUGGCCGCAAGAAGAGGAAACUUGAGGUUGCCGACAAAUUUAAACGUCCAGCCAAAUCUGCCAAGCUUGCCAAUGGCUCAGCAAAAGGCCUCACCCUGAACGGCGAAUCGUUCAUGUCUGAGGACGACGAGGAUGACGACUCAUACAACCCAACAGGGGACUUGAGCAGCAUGGGGGAGGAGCUGCUUGGCGAAGAAGAGGAGCUCGAUGAUGACACUCUCGACUCCGAUGAUGAUGACGAGGAUGACGAUGAGGAAGACGAUGAUGAUGAUGAUGAGGAGGAAGACGAGGAUGAUGAUUCCGAAGACGCCGAAGAGGAGGAGAUCGUAAAAGAAAUCAAGUCAAAGAUGAAUGGAGUAUCGGAAAAUCAGAAGCAGAAGAAGAAAGAUGUCUCUUCAGUUGCCAAUGGAACUCUCAAAGCUUUACAGCUCGAAGCUGUAAAGAAUGCCAACAAAGACAAGAAGAAAACUCCCGUUAAGAAGAGCCCCACUAAAGAUGACAAGGCUGUUACUGGAACAAAGACCCCGUCCAAGGACAAGUCUCCAAAGGAAAACAAAGCCAAGGCAGCUAAAGUGGGGAAAACUGAAGACGUGCUUGCCAAGACGCCAAAAUCCGAGAAGAAGAAACAACACAAGGAAUCUCAGAAAGAAACUCCCAAAGCAACCGCAGAUGACGCUACACCCAACAAAAAACAAAUGCGCUCUGGCGGCGUGAUGAUCGAGGACAUUACUGUGGGAACUGGAGAAGCUGCCAGGAAAGGCUCCAAUGUGUCCAUGUACUAUGUGGGCCGCUUGAAGAGCAACAACAAGAUCUUCGACUCGCAGCUGUCCGGCACACCUCUCAAGUUUGUUCUGGGACGGGGAGAAGUCAUCCAGGGUUGGGAUGUCGGGCUUAUCGGCAUGAAAGUUGGCGGCAAGAGGAAGCUCUCGAUCCCCAGCGCCAUGGCGUACGGGAAGAAGGGUGCGCCGCCUGAGAUUCCUCCUCAAGCUAACUUGGAGUUUGAAGUUACGAUGAUGGGAUGUCGUUAGUUAAUUAUUGUAGAGUAUUCUACGGAGACGCUGAUGGGAAACCAAAGGAAGGAAUGAAGAAUAUUUUUUUUCUUGAAGCAUUCGUGUGGAGUGUCACCUUCGGCACGUGUGAUGUAAACAUUGCGUUAGUCACCUUCGAUCUGAUUAUGACCUCUGAAUUAAACUUAUUGAAAAUUUAAAUAAUAGUGACCAGGAAUAAAAAUUAACAUAGUUCUACGGGAGCUGUGUAGAGGAAUGUCUUACAUUUUGUGAUAUUCAUUUAAUGCCGAGUAUCAUAAGUUCUGAUUAAUAGUGCUUUAACUUGUGUAAGAAAAUCAUUGAAAAUAA